CGAUAUGUAUGAUUGUCUUAUUUUAACGAAGUCAGUGUCAUCGUCCAUAGCCAGCGCGUUUACGUUCCCUACUUGAAUUCUCGCUUCUCUGCUACAAGCAAUUGGGCGUUCGGGGCAGUCAAGCCAAGUGGGUCUCUGCAUUUACUGGAGCGAGAGAGAGAGAGAGAGAGAGAGACGGUUGUUUGAGCGAGAUCGAUCCAUGCAAGCGACGCCCAAGGGUUCGAUGCUAUGAGCUGGUUUGACAAGCUGCGUUGCUCUUCCAAUCUGAGCCGCUUCAUUGCGGGCCUUCUCAUCUUCAUUCUCUACCAUUCUUUCCAGUUAGUUUCCAAUUUCUUGAUUCCUAUACACCCUUAAAGCAAAUCAUCACUCUCGCUUUCUCAUCCUUCCUACUACCUACCCAUUCAUAUUUUAUUCUCCUCCGUUUCUUCCAUUCUCGGCCUUGAAAAUUGCACUGUUUUUUUCUCAAAUGGAAUCCAAGGAAUUUUUCUCCACCACUCUGCUAGACGGCACAAUUGCCUCACAUGUUCAGCGGCAACAGGGUUCAAUACCUUCAGUUAUUGUUAUUGGUGGUGGUAUAUCAGGGACUGCUGCUGCACGAAUCCUCCACGAUGCCUCGUUUAAGGUGGUCUUGCUAGAAUCAAGGGAUAGACUUGGUGGUCGUAUUCAUACUGACUAUUCAUUUGGCUGUCCUGUAGACAUGGGAGCAUCAUGGCUACAUGGUGUUUGCAAUGAGAAUCCCUUGGCUCCACUGAUACGUGGUCUAGGGCUUACAUUAUACCGUACAAGUGGUGAUGACUCUGUGUUGUAUGACCAUGAUUUGGAAAGCUAUACACUCUAUGAUGGGGAUGGCCAUCAAGUUCCUCAACAGAUGGUCAUUGAAGUUGGAGAAACAUUUAAGAGAAUUCUAAAAGAGACAGGGAAAGUAAGAGAUGAACAUACUGAUGACAUGUCUGUUCUUCAAGCAAUUUCAGUUGUGUUGGACAGGUUUCCAGAAUUAAGACAAGAAGGACUUGCCCGUGAAGUGUUGCAGUGGUACCUAUGUAGAAUGGAAGCUUGGUUUGCAGCAGAUGCUGAUAUGAUAUCAUUGCAAACAUGGGAUCAGGAGCAUGUUCUUUCUGGGGGUCAUGGGCUUAUGGUGCAAGGUUAUGACCCCGUAAUAAAGGCUCUUGCAAAAGAUAUUGAUAUACGUUUGAAUCACCGGGUUACGAAGAUAUCCAAUGGGUAUAAUAAGGUGAUGGUCACAGUUGAGGAUGGGAGGAUCUUUGUCGCAGAUGCUGCUAUUUUAACUGUACCACUUGGGAUUCUCAAAGCCAAUUUAAUUGAGUUUGAGCCAAAGUUGCCAGAGUGGAAGGUUGCUGCAGUCUCUGAUAUUGGUGUGGGAAAUGAAAAUAAGAUUGCUCUACUAUUCGAUAAAGUGUUUUGGCCAAAUGUGGAACUUUUAGGCACUGUUGCACCCAGUUCUUAUGCCUGUGGUUAUUUUCUCAAUCUUCACAAAGCAACGGGCCAUCCAGUCCUUGUCUACAUGGCUGCUGGAAGGUUUGCAUAUGACCUUGAGAAGCUGUCUGACGAGUCUGCUGCAAAUUUUGUGAUGUCACAACUAAAGAAAAUGUUUACUGAUGCAACUGAGCCGGUUCAGUAUCUUGUAUCUCGUUGGGGAACAGACCCAAACUCUCUUGGUUGUUACUCGUAUGACUUGGUUGGAAAGCCUGAAGAUUUAUAUGAUAGGCUUCGAGCACCCUUGGGUAAUCUCUUCUUUGCGGGGGAAGCAGUUAGUGUGGAAAACCAGGGAUCUGUGCAUGGAGCCUACUCAGCUGGAGUUAUGGCCGCUGAAAACUGUCAAAGUCAUCUCUUAAAGAAACUUGGCAACAUGGAGAAGAAGCUCCCAUUAAACUCUAUUAGGGAUGAAAUUCUCAAAGAUACUGUCCCCCUCCAGAUCUCACGGAUGUGAAACAUCUAAUGUUGACAAAUUUAAGAAAUGAAAACUGUAACUCUUAAAGCACUCACAAUGGCUUUCCAAUACAAGGGACCAAAAAUCUAAUAGACCACUGAACAGAACGGACCUCUUGUUUGGCAUGUGACUUGGUGAUUCUAUCAUUAAGGAGAGCAUGAAUAUGAAUAUCAUAAAAAAUUUCAUACGUAGGUUUUCUUUCA